AACAAUAUUUCCUGGCUCGGCCACUGAUGUUAAUUGCACAGAAAUUAAAUGUGGAAGUUGAAGAUAGCAGAGGAUGGGCCGUGGCUGAUCACGGUCAACAAUCAUGUUGGAAGACAACACUGGGAGUUCGACCCAGAGGCUGGAACCCCGGAGGAACGUGCCCAUGUUGAAUGGCUCCGUCAGGAAUUCAAGAAAAAUCGAUUUCGAGUAAAACAGAGUUCAGAUCUCUUGAUGAGAAUGCAGAUCUUAAGUCUACUUGCUUGUUGGGUGGAGAAUCCUAACUCAGAAGUGCACAAGCGACAUUUAGCUAGAGUGCCAGAUUAUUAUUGGAUUGCUGAAGAUGGCUUGAAAAUUCAGUCCUUUGGCAGCCAGUUGUGGGAUACAGCCUUUGCUGUACAAGCAAUUAUCUCUAGCAAUCUAACUGACGAGUAUGGGCCAACACUUGGUAAAGCACACGACUUCAUAAAAGCUUCACAGGUCCAGCACAACCCUUCUGGCAACUUCACUGCUAUGUAUAGACACAUUUCUAAAGGUGCUUGGACAUUCACCACACAAGAUCAGGGCUGGCAAGUCUCUGACUGCACUGCAGAAGGUUUGAAGUGUGCACUCUUGCUCUCACAAAUACCACCAGAUCUUGUUGGAGAAAAGAUGGAAAAGGAGCAAUUAUAUGAUGCUGUCAAUGUCAUUCUUUCCUAUCAAAGUAACGAAGGGGGUUUUCCUGCUUGGGAGCCUCAAAGAGCAUACCGUUUUUUAGAGAAGAUUAGUUCUACAGAGUUCUUUGAAGCUGAUGUUGUAGAAAUGGAGUAUGUAGAAUGUACUUCUUCAGCAAUGCAAGGUCUUGCGCUCUUUAGAAAACUGUACCCCAAGCAUCGAAGGUCUGAGAUAGACCAUUGCAUUUCAAGAGCAGUUUCUUACAUUGAAGAGAUACAAAAUCUAGAUGGUUCAUGGUAUGGUAAUUGGGGAGUCUGCUAUACCUAUGGUACAUGGUUCGCUGUGAAGGGGCUGGCUGCGUGUGGCAAAACCUAUCACAACAGCCCUACCCUGCGCAAAGCUUGUGAAUUUUUAUUAUCAAAGCAGCUGCCUAAUGGUGGAUGGGGAGAGAGCUACCUCUCCUGCCGUAAUAAGGUUUACACGAACCUCGAAGGCAACAGAGCAAACUUGGUACAAACAGCUUGGGCUUUGUUAUCACUCAUUAACGCAGGACAGGCUGAAGUAGAUGCUGGCCCCAUUCAUCGCGGAAUAAAAGUCCUGAUAAAUUCACAAAUGGAAGAUGGUGACUUUCCUCAACAGGAAAUUACUGGAGCAUUUUUUAGAACUGGUUUACUGAACUACUCAGCCUACCGGAAUAUAUUCCCCAUAUGGGCACUUGGAGAUUAUCGUCGCCAUGUUUUGCGUGCAUAACUCUCUCAAUCCUAAUAAAAGGGAUAUGUUGUA